GACAGUCCCUCUGACUCCUUGCAUCUGUGUGCGUUUGUCAUUGACAGAGGAGAUCUGUAUCCUCUCUUCAACAGUUUUCAGGGCCUCAUGGACCACGUCUCACCGAUCUUGUUCCCAAAUAAACCACAUAAUACGGAGUCAUCGCUGUAAUUAUUCGUGUGCCAGUUGGCCUGGAUCAUGUGCCAAAGAGACCUUCAGUGUUGCCAAGGGGCUCGAGGAACAACUUGUGCUGGUGUGGAGCCAAAAUGGCUCGGGUAAAUACAACAUCCAUGGGCAUUUGAAGACAGACAACGUUUUCUCUGCAUAUUUCUCGACCAAGGCAUUGAUUGGUUGGUCACAAUGCCUACCUCGUCCACGUCGUCUUCCACGUCCAGUGCAUCCAGUGAUAAUCCUGGUGCCAAUUUCGAGCAAAAGGACCAGCUCAUGACCCUCCUCAAGAAGGAGGUCAAACACAUCAUGGAGGAGAGUGUCAUGCUCAAGACCAUUCAUGAAGACAGCUCCACGGUGACUUCGCUUUGUGCUGUGGUGGAUACAUGUCUUUCUUUGGGCCUCAAGAGACGGGCCUUGGGCCUGUUCAAGACCAGCAGUACCAUGGCCUUGAUGCAGAAGCUAGUGAAGGAGAACAAGGACGCUGAGGAGGUGAUGAAAAAGGUGACCGAGAUUGAGCAAGGCUCGGGCAGACGUGCCCAUUCCACUGGAGACUCGGGAUCCAAGCUGACCAGGUCGGGGACUUUGGAAAAGGCCAACUCGGGCUCGAACUUGGCUGCAGUCACGCGGUACAUGUGGAUUCGUGUGGCAUUAUUUGAGAAACGGUUACAGAGGAUUAUUUGCCAUCUUGUGCAGGAGAGCGACAGAUAUUACACCAAGGACUCGUUGAUUGCUGAUCAGGAUUAUGGGCCUAUUCUUUCCAGCCUUCUAGUAGGGCCUUGCGCUUUAGAAUACACCAAGAUUCGAGCCAAUGGACAGAUAUGGACGGACUUACCAGCCAAUGAACUUGUUCAAAGGCACAAAAUCUCCAGCGGAUCAGCUGGCUCCUUGAGUGUGAGUUCGACCACUUCCAUGCCCAGCCCUGUUCAUGUGCAAGCCAAGAGGUCCUUGAGCCACGCCUCCAGUAUGGUGAAUAUCGAGGAUGCGAGGUCCAUGCCCACUCAAGCAAGGGAAUACGUCGAGUCCUUGCAUCAAAACCAGCGAGACUCUCUCCUUUAUGGCAAGAACAACGUUAAGGUUUUUCCCAAGGACAGCGCCACCCCUCAGGCUGGCUAUCUCUCCCUCCAUCAAUCCCAAAUGGGAACAUUAGUUUUGAAAUGGACACCAAACCUCCUCAUGAACGGAUCCACGUUGCACGACAAGAAUGCCUCGUGGCAGCAGGCCGUGUCCGCCGACAUUGGAUCCAUCCUAUUCAUGCAUUGUCAUCAGGAUAAAGACGAAUCUGGGACAUUGAUUAUGAUUGCCAAUGACGGCACUCAGCACCCUCCGCUACAAUUUCCCCCUGGCGGUCAUCUCAUGCAGUUCUUGACAUGUUUGGAAUCGUGCUUGUCGCCUCACGGGGUUCUGGAACCGCCUUUGGCAUCCACUGGUGAGCCCAAAGAGGGGGUUGAAGACACACCGAAGAAGACCCGCAGGCUCCUUCCACUUUUAAAGCGAAGAAAACAGAUCACGGAUAGUACUGAGAUCAACGAGUCUCACACGAACAUUCCGAAGCUGUCCCUGGCCAAGCCCAACAGUCCCAACGACUUCGUCUUCAAGAUCGUUCCGCUCACACCGAACUCGUCCCUCUCUUCGGCUGGACCGUUGCUUCGGCCCCCAGGAUCGGCCCCGGCAGACUUUAUGGGAUCCACGGGAUCCCUGCUCUCAACAGGAAGCUUGUCCAAAACCAAGAGUGAUUGGUUUUCGAACUUGUUUUCCCCCAGCAAAUCUCGACACAACAGUACAAGCACCGACACCUCGAGAUCUCAAAGUUUGAGCGAGUAUUCGGGCCCUGAUGCUUCCACUUCAACCACAAGCUCCCAUAACCCCAACGACAUCCUGGAGGAAGACGGUGUGGAUCCGGAGGAUGAGGAGUUGGUCAUUUUGUCAGAAAGUAACCACAAUGGUCACAUUACGAACUUGUGUUUGGGCGUGUCCUCACACUCAAAGCAAAUGCGGGCAUCUCCUAGCGAACCGCUUUCAACCCUGUGCCACACCAUGAAACGGCAAAUCUUCUCAAGGGCCUUUUAUGGUUGGCUCUCACAUGUGCGCCAGCUCCGAACAGCCCGUCAACAUCUUAGUGACUUGGCAUUCCAUGAUCCGCUUCCAUCUUUCAAUAACACAUGGUCCUCGGGUGUGACUACAAAAUGGUGGAAUGAGCAGAAGAAGACCUUGCUCAAAACAGCAAGUCCGUAUGCUUCCAAAGAGUCUCUGCUCCUGGAUGAACUUCAAGAGGAUCCAAGUAAAGAAGCUAAACUGAAAGAUUUGGAACGAGAGAUUCAUCUACGGAUUUAUUAUGGAGGCAUUGAACCCUGUGUCCGCAAGCAGAUCUGGCCAUACCUAUUGAAUCAUUACAAGUGGUCUUUUGAUAAGAAUGACAUCGAUCAAAUCAACGCCAAAACUCGGGCUUCGUUUGAGAACAAACUUUCCGAUUGGAUGGCCAUCGAGGCUAUCGUUCGACAGCGGGACAAAGAAACGGCCGCAGCAAAUAUUGCCAAACUGUCUGGAGUUUCAGCGAGCGUCGAGAACACCUCAUUCAGCAACAGCAUCAACAUGAGUAACGAGGUUUUUGAGUCCGUUGAUGAUCCAUUGUCUAGUCGUACCGUAUCUGCGGACAAAAUUUCCACCAUUACAGAGUGCACGGAGAACUCGGAGAACAAUUCCUCGGAGAGAUUUCGAGGGAAAUUACAUUCCACUCAAUCAGAGCCCAGCCCGAGGAGUCGACGUCAAUGCUCGGAUGAAGGAAUCGAGGACGAGAGAUCACUUCAAAAUGGAAAAGAGACCAGUCAUAGUGACGAUGAGCGAGGCAACCCAAAUGAGGUUCCCAGUCGAGGGAUUCUCGUUCAAGGCCGACACCCGGAAAACCAUGCCUAUCCUAAAAAGGAAGUUAGUUAUAAAAUCACCACUCCCAGUGUAGACAGUGGCAAUCCAGAGCCUUCUCCCACAGCCCUGGUUGAAGACCAGGAGUCCAGCCCCGACUUUCAAACCAUCGAGGAGCUUAAGAACUUGAACGAGGAGAUUGCUCUUCUUGGUAGCCAUCUCCACGAGCUUCCUGAUGACACAUUAAGCUCAGCUUCCGGCUGUCAAUCUCCCAUUUCCUCGGAAGGCGGCAUGUAUCCACAGGAACUCGUGGAUAACUUUGCUCUCAAUCUGCACAGGAUCGACAAAGACGUUCAACGCUGCGAUCGGAAUCUGGCUUAUUUCACGGACACCAAUCUCGAGAAGCUUCGGAAUGUGAUCACCACCUACGUGUGGGAGAACUUAGACGUGGGUUACAUGCAGGGAAUGUGCGACCUCGUGGCCCCUAUUCUGGUCAUAUUCGAUGAUGAGGCUAUCACGCAUGCGUGCUUCUCCAAACUUAUGGAGCGAAUGCUGAGCAAUUUUCCCACGGGUACACAAAUGGAUGAGAAUUUUGCCAACAUGAGAUCGCUGAUUCAAGUUCUAGACCAGACUCUGUAUGACACUAUUCAACAAAACGGGGACUUUAGUCACUUCUACUUUUGCUACAGAUGGUUCCUGUUGGAUUUUAAGCGGGAGUUCACAUAUCAUGAGAUUUACUUGGUCUGGGAAACCAUUUGGGCCAGCCGUAAAGUGGUUUCUAGCGACUUUUAUCUCUUUGUGGCCUUGGCCUUGGUGGAAAACUAUCGGGACAUCAUCCUGGAUCGAAACAUGGACUUUACGGAUAUCAUCAAAUUCUUCAAUGAGAUGGCAGAGAAGCAUCAUGCUCGGGAUAUUCUCCAGAUUGCCAGAGAUCUUGUCCAUCAAUUGCAAACCAUGAUCAGCGAUUACUAAACUAAGUCAGAUUUAACAGUGUCAACCUUGGGAAUCUGGCAUUCAGUUUGAUUAGAUUUAGUGAUGCUUUGUUUGAGCAUUGCGAGUUUUUCAAUUUCUCUCGAUAUUGAUUCUCGAAACUUCGUCAAUUUCGUUACUUUUAAAAAACAUAUGCUUUAAAGCAACGUUCCUUCACUCGAUCUUGUACUCUUUUGCCAAUGUGAAGUAUUGUUCAUGGCCUUUGUUGAUUGCAUGUUAAAGUAGAUGUACAAAAACAACCUUGAUGUGCUUCCCUUUGGAUUUUAUCAGAUGUUAUUGUUGUUAAUGGAAAUGGAGACAUUGCCAUGCAUUUAGACUCAAAAGUAUUACAACCCUUCAGCCAGACUGAUGGUGAACAGUUUUAUUUGCUGGAUCGAAUGAUACCGAUUCUUUUACAUUACCAACUAAGCCUACCAAAGUCAACUCAUGUGAUCAGAGUACUACUACACCCAUAGUCAUAUCUAUUACAAAGUAUUGUUGCAUUUCGUAUUUUCUUAUGAACCGGUUAUGAUUGAUUCUUGAUUCCAAAAAUGUGGUCCAUAUCAGCUCGGAAUUGAAGACAGAUAUGCAAAUCGAAGGCGUUUAUGUCAUACAUUCUAACAAAUCCAAUGUACCUGUCACACAUCCCACUCCCGUCAAAAACUUGUUCCCAAAUAUCGUAUCAGUGUUACGUGAAAAUACUUUCAAAAGUUUGAAAUAAAUGUUUUUGUUCAAAUA